AAAUAAAGUAUUUUUAAAUUAGGUGUGUACAUUGGGUUUUUUUUAGACAUAAUGUGCAUUUAAUAGGCUGAAGUAUAGUAUAAACAUAACUUUUAUAUUCACUGGGAAACUAAAAAAUUCAUUUGGCUGACUGUAUUAUGAUACUCGUUUUAUUGUGGCGGUCUGGAACCAAACCUGCAAUAUCUCCAAGGUAUGCCUGUAUCAUGUUAGUUUUCAGCCAGAACAAACAGCAAAUAUUUCCAUCAGUAUUAAACAAAUUCUCACCUUGGAUGUAAGAGGAGUCCCCAAAGAGGGUGCCAAAAAUAUUACCUUCCCAAGAUCCAGAGUCACUCCCAAAGGUAGCCAAAAGAAAAAACCAACAAGGAAUCCUUGGGUGGCGCAGCAGUUUAGCGCCUGUCUUUGGCCCAGGGCACGAUCCUGGAGACCUGGGAUCGAGUCCCACGUCGGGCUCCCGGUACAUGGAGCCUGCUUCUCCCUCUGCCUGUGUCUCUGCUUCUCUCUCUCUCUCUCUCUCUCUCUCUCUCUGUUUAUCAUGAAUAAAUAAAUAAAAUCUUAAAAAAAAAAAAAAAAAACCAACAAGCUGUAUGUCCCAGGCAAACAGAAGCCAAACCAAGUUCUUAGGACACAAAACUAGGCAAGCAAGAGUAAACAGUUAUCCCUGGGAGUAAAAGGAUAAAAACCAACAGUUCUGGAUUUGCAAAGGAAGAAAUAACGUGAAAUUUUAUUUUCUGCCAUCUUGAGAACAUGAAUUAUUUGGAUGGGAGUCUACAAUAUACCUGCAAAGGACAUUAGUAGGAAAGCCUGACAUUGGCAGAGCCUGAUUGUAGAGCCCAGCAAACCAAGCCCUAUUCCCUGUCCUGGAUGCUUCUGUUAAAUUCACUUCCUGACUUUUAGCACUUACAUGAGUAACUUACAUAAUCAUGGGCCUGGAGAUCAGGCCACAGUGCUCUCUGUAAAUCUUACGGGGAAAAGAAAGUUAAAAUAGGCAGAUGGGGCCAGAUUUUAAGAAGAGGAAUUCGGGAAAAAAAAAAAGAAGAGGAAUUCGCAUCAAAUUUAAUUUUUAAGUCAAAUUUGUGUUCUUUCAUCUUGUUAAGAGAGUCCCUGAGGCUAACCAUUAUAAUUUUGUGUGUCCUUUUUUAAGUUUGGUCUUUGUAUAGGUACCAAUAAAAUAAUUGGUAGGAUGAGAGCUCUCUAAAACAAUUUUUUUCUUUUAAAUAUAGCCAAUUCAGAGGCUCCAUCAUCUGGUCAUUGACAAGUAGGAUUUUACACUAAUUUCAAUAACAACUCAAACCAAUAAGCCUUUUUGUGAUAACCAUAAACUCAAGAGGUUUGUACUCAAGGAGAGUACAAAAAUGCGGCCCUAACAAGGUCCAAAAAGUUCACUCCCGAAGUUAGCCUGAAAAAGAUCUAGCUGCAAAUGGAGUACAUCCACAUUUCUGUCCAGCCAAAUUAGUGACAACAAAGGUUGAGACAACAAAGGCCCCUCAUGGACCAGGACCCCUUAUGAUAAAUUCCCUUGAAAGCUGGUACAGUUGGACAAGGAGAAUUCUGCUUAUCAAAUCCACAGGCAGUGGUUAUCCCCUGAAUGCACACCUGUACAUGCGUCCUCCAGUUGGCAGAGACCUGAGAGAAUAUUCUCACUAUUCAUAAAGCCAAGCCCUCAAAACACAGAACAGGGCAAAAGAGAAACCAUAUUCGGGUUUUCUUAUACGUAUAUCAACAGCUUUAGCUAAGCUAAAAGUGUCUCUCAGCCAAACUAACAAGUAGGAGGGAUAUGUGCCCCAGGGGUGGGGAUUGUGUGGUGGUUUACAGUGUGCCUCAUUACACAGAAAUGUUUUUUGCGGUUGGCAGCUAACCUAUGGUCAGUCCAAUCUGUUCUGUGACUAACUUAUCCUAACACAAGAGUCUUUGAGUUAGGUAGCAUUUGCUCUAAUAGCCAUAAUGUGCUAGACCAUGCCCACAGCAGAGUUUGUCUAAGCGAACAUUGGUCUGGUGAAAACCAUGGACUCACUGUGCUGUGAGGCCAGGUCAAACAGCAGGCUCACAGGCCUUACACCUGCAUCCUUCCCAAUGGUUUUCUUCCUCAUGACAAAUGACACAAUAGAGACAAAGGAAAACAGUGACCAUCUCUAGGAGGAAAAUGAUCAACAAAAAUCAAGAGUACUCCUAACAAUUCUUUAGCCGAGUCAAUAAAUCCAAGGAACUAGUUGCACAAAUAUUUUCUCCCACUUACCUAAAUUUUAAAAAAGAAAAAAGAGGGGAGAAAAAGAGUCACCACUCAUACUUCUACCAGUAGCUGUGGGCAGAGAUGUGGGAGACUGAAGUAACAAUUCUUGCCUUCUGCUAGUGCUUAUCAGAGAUCCCAGGAGCUCUCUGCUGCAGCAGCUUCAAAGCAAGCAGUGUCCAGUCAAUGGUUCAUCCUGCCACCUGUGCUGACUAUUGGGAAGGAAAAAUCUUUCCUCUACCCUUGGCUGCUAAAUUGACAUAAGACAGAUUAAUAGAAGAAAAACAUUUAAUUUCAUACAUAUGCGGACUCCACAAAGACCAUUAGAGUCCAAAGACUAGUCAGUCAGUUGAGGCUUAAAUGCCAUCCUAAGCUAAGAAAUGGGAUGGGAGCCUGGGGCUCAGGGGGGGAGGGGGGAGGAGUAUAAUUCACAGGACCAUAAGAAGAGCAGGUAUUAGGGAAUUAGGUGAUUGCCCUGCUGUACAGAUUAAUCUUUCAAUUAAAAAAGUUACCUUUGGUAAGAGCUCUCUUUCUAGGCCAAGACUGUUACUAAAUUAAUUUAAGUAGUUUAAGUACUUAAGAGAGAGAAAUUUUUCUUGAGUAUGCAGGUGAUUGCCUUCAGUUCAAAAUAAUCCACAUGCCAAAUUGACAUAUUUUGGGAUCAUGUAUUUUGCUCCCUUUCAUAUGAUUCCAUUUAUGUGAGGUUCUUGAAAUAGUCAAAUUCAUAGAGACGGAGUAGAACAGUAGUUACCAAGGGCUGGGGAGAGGCAAAUGGGGAGUUGUUAGUAGGUACAGAGGUUUAGUACAGAAUGAUGGGAAAGUUCUGUAGAUGGUUGGUGACGGUUGCAGAACAGUAUGAAUGUACUUAAUGCCACUGAAUUAAACACUUGGAAAUGGACAAGAUGGCAAAUGUUAUGUUACAUGUGCUUUACCACAAUAAAAAUUUUAAUUUAAUUUUAAAAAUGUAAAUCAAAUUCCAUUUGGAGGCAUAUUUAAGCUUACUCAGUAGACACCAUGAGCAAAGCUCACCCUCCCAAGUUGAAAAACUUAUGGGCAAGAAAUUAUCAUUGAAGUUAAGUGGUGGCCAACAUGUCCAAGGAAUAUUACAGGGGUUUAAUCUGUUUUUGAAUCUUGUGAUAGAUGAAUGUGUGGAGAUGGCAACUAGUGGGAAAAAGAACCAUAUUGAAAUAGUGGUAAUAUGAGGAAAUAGUAUCAUCAUGUUAGGAGCCUUGGAAUGAGUAUAAACAAUGGGUGUGUUCAUUAGAAGAAAUCAACUGCUUCCACAUGUCCUCUCUCCAUAUAGUACCUGUUUUUACUGCAAUAUAAAAAUAAAGUCAUGUGUGUUUUCAUGUUAAACUUUUUUUGUUAAACUUUUAUAAUAGUCAAAAAAUCAAAAAUUUAAAUCUACAGACUUGAAUUACCAUAGAGUCAUUGUAAAAAAUGGAAGACUUUUCAGACAUCAUUAAGUAGAAACAGUUGAUUUUUAUUUGCUUUUUAUUUUAUUUAUUUAUUUUUAUGAUAGUCACAGAGAGAGAGAGAGAGAGAGAGAGAGA